GGACAAUACCGAACAUCCUCAGUAAGAGCGCAUCACUGGCUGCAGAAGGAGGCCAUGUUCAAGUUUUAAAACUUUACAUUCUGAGAGAUAGAUAGAGAGCGAGAGAGAGAUAGAUAUACCACCAACAUGGACAACAGUUCUUCAGCUACAGGUUAUCUACAAUCUCGAGACGACAAGUACGCGCGUGACAAUCUAGCAACCAUGUUAUUCCUUGGCCUGAUAAUGUCUGUUGGAUUCGUAGGCAACUGUCUAGUGUUCCUUGUCUACUUAACCAAAAUGAAACCUUCAACUACCCGCUGUUUCAUUCUGGCUUUAUCUGUCCUGGACCUCACCGCCUGCUUGAUCUGCAUCCCCGUGGACAUCGUCGACAUCAGGUAUAACUUCACCUUUGGAGAGUUUGGAACCACACCAUGCAAAUUGUCGGCCAUGCUUGUGUCCUUCACCUCGUUUGCUUCCGGUAAUAUUCUUGUUGCGGUGGCCGCUGUUCGACACAAGAAGAUCUGCUACCCUGCAGGGCAUCAGACGACGGUCAAAGCUGCAGGAGUUGCGAUAUUUCUGUCCUGUGCCUCUGCGUUAACCUUUUCCAUUCCCCCGUCUAUCUUAUACGGUGGUCAGACUAGGGUUCUAUCUGACGGCGUCAACGCGACGUUGUGUACGACAUCUGACAGCUACGUCAACACAAUGCUCCCUCUUGCUUACAACGGCUUCCAGUUUGUGCUGUUCGUUGCUGCAAUGGCAACACUAUCGGUCUUGUAUGUUCGGAUAUGGAAAAGGGUUGCACGGUUUGCCGAGUUUAAGAGAUGGUCGUGGAAAAACAAAGACGUGGAUAACAGUGAAUCUGGAUUUGUUUCCAACGAUCAAGGUUCAGGUACCAGAAACACCACCUCUGAUAGCGGAAGUCUCGAAGCACAUGUCAACACGAUGCGCAAGGCUCACAAGACACCUUCUUUGAGCAAAUCUGUUAUGGGAAGGAGUGACACCAUCCUAAAAUACCCAUCUAAACGUCAGAUGACGGCCCGGCGAACCACCUUGAUGUUGUUCAUUAUAAGCAUAGCCUUUGUUGUCAGUUUUCUUCCACAUCUGUCGUUAAUGGCUGCGCGCGCAAUACGCCGUGACCUCAUUGAUAACCUUGAAGGGUUGGCGCUGGCAGCAUACAACAUAUUUCUGAGGUCCUACUUCAUCAACUGUGUAGCUAACCCCUUCAUCUACAGUUACUGCAACGUGACUGUUCGAAAAGAGAUCGCGGCGAUUGUCAGCUUGAGGCGUUUCAGGAAGUGAAUAUAUCAUCAUUGAAUUUGUUUGAAAUUAUGCAGUAGUCAGAUUACUUGACAGUGUAAUAAUUAUGUGAGUCUUGAUUUACUUUUCUGUGACCCCGUGGAUAUUCCGGGUUGGAAUAAUAACAGGCCGCCGUCAUCGACAGUGGGAGCGUCUGAUCCCUAACACGGUUUAGGGGCGGUCGGGUAGCCUCGUGGUUAAAGCGUUCGCUCGUCACGGCGAAGACCCGGGUUCGAUUCCCGACAUGGGUACAAUGUGUAAAGCCCAUUUGUGGUGUCCCCCGCCGUGAUAUUGCUGGAAUAUUGCUAAAAGCGGCGUAAAACCAUACUCACUCACCCCCUAACACGGUUUAAGCCAGCGCCUUUGAAGACCCGGGUUAGAAUUGGUUCCCAGCAACCAACGCUGGUCGUAGUAGGCGACUAACGGGAUCGGAUGGUCGCUCGGUGGCUUGGUUGGUGCAUGUCAUCGUAACCCAACAUUGUGGGUCGUUGCUCACAAUAUCAAUCACUGGAUUGUCUGGUCAAGACGCGAUUAUUUACAUACCGCUGUCAUAUAGCGGGCAUAUUGCUAAUGCAAAUCCGCUAGACAACACACACACACACACACACACACACACACACACACACACACACACACACACACACACACACACACACACACACACACACACACACACACGUUUCUGUUGAAAAGUUACAUGUGUAUUGUUUUGUUAUUUUGACGAUUAAUAUAAUAUGCUGCUUGAUUUUUUCUUUUUUAUGUAUAUUCGAAUUUUAUCGUCUUUUUGUGUGAUUUGGAUUCUUAUUUGUACAGACAUUUCCUAAUAUAUCUACUGAUGUAAAUACAUUGCAGCCUAUCAGUAUUAAGUAUGUAUUAUACAUUACUGGAUUCAUUGGUAAUUAUGGACACGGCAUGUAUGUUUGACAAAUCAAACAUUGCUUCCUGGUCGCAAAGUUUCACCUUUGCCUUCUCUCCUUUUACACACGACGGAAGAAGUAUGACGUCAAACACUUUCUUUGUUUACUAAGGUCUGAAUUAUAAUUUCAACAAACAAAACGAAGGUGGUAGCAAAUGCGAUGAUGGGGAUGGGGGAAAUGUUUAAAGGUGAUCAAAUUCAGUGUGUGUCUGUUUUAAAACAGCUGGACUUUCAGAUUCGUUUUAGAAUGAACUUGUUUGCAUGGAUUAGAUUGAAAAGGCCUAAAAUUGAUUGAUUGACACUUCGCCUUACCUUCCACGUCCAUGAAAGACCGACCACUGGAUACUUUUAUCAGCAAUCUUCCAGCUAUAUGACAGCGGUCUGUAAAUAAUCGAGUCUGAAAAAAACAAUCCAGUGAUUAAUAUCAUGAGCAUCGAUCCACGCAAUUUGGAUCGAUGACAUGCAUCAACCCUAAGUAUUCACAAAACAAUAAUUAAGAAUAUGUGACUUCAGCAAAUAUACUGGAAAUAAAUUCGAUGCCGUAUACAAUUUA